AGCAACCAAUGUUAAAUUAAGAAAAAUAAAUAAUUUCGCUCCGGUAGAUAAUUUAUUGGAAUAGCAUAACAAUUUUGAAAAUUAUGGAUCUUCUUACCAUAAUUGGUAUGUUUGGAUUUUUAUACUUCAGCAUUAGGAUAUAUUUAAUAAUAAUAUCAUCUAAAAUUAAGAAGAUAAACACGAAAUACGUUUUAAUUACCGGUUGCGAUGGAGGUUUUGGUAAAAUUACUGCUAAAAGAUUGCAUUCUAAAGGCGUAAAUGUUAUUGCUGGAUGUUUAACGGAAAGCGGAAGAGAUUCUCUAAAACAACAGGGAAUUAAUAGUAUUCUAUUAAAUAUUACCAGCGAAGAUAGUAUAGAUAAAGCUGUUAAAAUUGUACAGGAGAUUUUACCCAAAGGUGUAGGUCUAUGGGGUUUGAUAAACAACGUUGAAUUUCUUGAAUUAGCUCUUCCAAACGAUUGGCUAAGUAUAUUAGAUUAUCAGAGAACAAUGAAUGUUAACGUAUUCGGUUUAAUAAACGUGACGCUAAAAUUUCUACAAUUAAUUAAAAAAGAGCAAGGUAGAAUUGUUAAUAUGGCUAAUUUAGCUGGUAGAAUGGCGUUCGAACAUCUGGGACCUUAUUCAACUUCUAAAUAUGCAAUUGAAGGUUUUAGCGAUUCUUUAAGGAGAGAGAUGAAAAAAUGGAAUGUUUCCGUACAUACAAUUGAAUCAGAUGUAUUUAAUGCAAGAGUCAUAAACGUCGAAGAAAGCAUGACCAAAAGAUUUCAUUCGUUAAAUGAUACUAUUAGGAAUGAAUAUGGAGAACAGUAUAUUAAAGAAUAUCUGACUAGCUAUAAAAUAUCAAUCAAUUUAAACACUAAUAAAGACGUUGUUCCAGUUAUUGACGCUUAUGUUCACGCUAUUUUAUCACAGUAUCCAAAAAUACGAUAUACAGUUGGUAAUAAAUCCAUUUUGUACCGUUUCGUAAAUAGUCAUUUACCUGAUUGCGUAACUGAUUUUAUCUUAAAAAAAAUAUCAAAAUAUCCAAAACCAUUAAGGGUUCAAUAAAUA